AUGGACGCUAUUUCGCAGCAAAUUUCGGCGCUCACGCAGAAGGUCAACGUGUCGGAGGCGAAGAGCGACGCUUUCCACGCUGAAGUGCUUCGGCAACUCAAAGAACUCGGCGCUCAAGUGCAGCAUCUCGCCAAAACAGUCAAUUCUACGCAGGACUUCAAUCCCCGCGACUCCACAUACGGCUCGAAGCCCGGCACGCCUGAGCGCACUUCGCCGGAGCCUUCGACUGGCCUAGCACCGAACCCAAACUCAAGCCAGUCUACUCGCAGCGCAGCCCCAGACGCCCCCAAAAAGCCCCCUGAUGCAUCCGCUCCAGUGACCACCGCACGUUCCGGCGGGGAUGCUCGCCCGUCAUCCGACCUACCUUCCAUCAUAUCCCCGAUCCUGGGCGGCUCCAGCUCUAGGCCGCAAAAGUCACCAAUACACGCUAUGGCGAACACUCCCGUCAAGAGCAGCACAACUACUUUACCCGCUCCUGUCCGAGAGCCUACAGCGGCGCCUGUGAGUCAAGGCAGGGCGAACAAUGCAGCAGAACCCUCGCAUCGUCCUGGCUCAAGUCUCCUGGGUAAUCAGCCCAGCCCGCGAGCCAAUGCCAAUACCAAUGCCAAUGUGCUCAUUACGCCCGCAACUUUGACGCCCUCCAAGAAGCCUGAUGCAAAGUCGACUGGUGCCGGGGGACUCGCCGACAAGGAUGCGCCCCAGCAGGGCUCUACCGCAAUGGCACCGACAGCUCCGGCGUUCAGCCCAUCCCCGCAAGCUCCAAGCGCGAAAAGUACCGCUGAGGCAAAGCAGACGGAGAAGAGACCGGGUUACGAUCCGACACUUGCAGGCGUAAUCAAAGCUUCCAAGAAAGACUCACAGUCUGCCGACCAACACUCCACGUCCCUCGAAAAAGCGCCUCCAAAACCGUCCGAACAAGCAGGACAAACGGCACUAUCGUCAACGAACAAGGCGCAGGCAAGCAGUCGAAAGGAUGCGACCCUGCAAUCCCAGCCCCGGUCGGCUACUCCUACUGGAAGUUCUCACUCCAGGACGAAAGAGGUUACCAAUCUGUCGCAAGUUCCACGAAAUCCACCGCAGAACGCAAAUACCGCGCAAGCUUCGUGGGCGGCCCCUUCACAGCAGCUUCGCGCACAGAGCCAGGAGCAGUUCCGCAGAGAGUUCAAGCACCAGAAUUGGAAAGCUCGCGAGGACAACGCACCAAAGGCCGACCUCUUGAACGCAGAGGACCUUGAGCGAUUCGUUCUCGCCUACGAGGAGAGGGUUUAUCAGGACAGCAAGGAACGUUCGAUCGACUAUGCGGCAAAUGUAGAAUCCCGACGAGAUUGUAUGGCACAAUUUACCGUCUCGCAAUGGGUCGAAACGGUUCGGACGAUGAUCAAGCCACACCUUAGGGGCGAGGACCCCUCCGUGGAAGGCGCUACCGUCUAUAAACAACCGCGAGAUGGCAAACAAACGGAUGCCCAAAAGUCCUCCGAAACCCAACAACCAGAUCCGCAUCAGCAGCAGAAGAGGACCAGUAAUGGCGUCGAAGAGACUGGUGGGAUUAUGAUUAUAAGGGCCGCUCUGCGCAGUGGUUACAAAAACCAGAUCGACCAACUCUGUCACGAGCACAACUCGAAGGUCCAGAAGAACCCACAGCUCCAAGGAGCCAUCCUCUCUGAUGCUAGACUCAAGCGCAUUGGGGAGCUCGUCGAAAACCAGCAGUUUGUAGAGUGCUGCAGGAGCCCAAGAGAGUAUGAAACUCGCAUGGACGCACAGAUCGCCUGUAUCGAGCGGCUCUCUAUCACGGAAUGGACCACGGAGCUUCAAGACAAUCUGUUGCCUCUCUUGAUGCGAGAGGAGAAAGAAGCCGAAGAGGAGCAGGCCCGUAUCAAUGCAUGGCAGACUGAGGAGCAAGAGCAGGAGCAAGAGCAGGAGCAGCAUCUAAAUCCGGAUAGUGACGGCCAAAUGGAGGGUCUACAGGCUGAACCACCACCACUUGGCCAAGCAGCCCAAAGCAAUCCUCAGGGCAACGACGAUCUGCAAAAUGGAGAACCUCAGAGAAAGCCACCCUCAGACGAAGAGCUCGGUGCUCUACGAGAACACGUCGAGAACGCGUUCCAUGCGCAGAUCCAGACCAUGAACAGCCAGCUCCCUGCUUUUCAGCAGCUACGCAACCCUGAAUUGAUCCUCGAGGUUGCAUCUCAGUGGGAGAUACAAAUCUUCACGGAGAACGUCCAGGAUUUCGAGAAUUGGGAUCAUCUUGAAGUGUACAAGAAAGCCGCAGACGGACUGUGGAAUUGGUUCCAGCAGACGACACAGGCCGACUACAUCAAGCGCACCCAAGAGAUGCUACAGAAACGGUGCGCGGAAGAUGAGGAGCUCCGAGAGUUGGUGGAGAAAGACAAGAACUACGGGGGUUCCGAGGCGAAGGCCACCGGAGGAGAUGCGAGGAUCAGCACUCCUUCCGCGCACCCGCAAACCGUCCCCGAGAACGUCGCGCAGUUUGAGCUUCCCGCUUUGACGCCCAAGGGCGAAGCAUUCCCCGAGCUCAGCAUCGCACCGGAUCUCCGCGUCCAUGCGCUUAGCUCUCUCCACCGUCUCUUCCGCGCCAACAACGAGAGGGCUAAACAGGCCCAGAAGACCUUCCUGAACGACGAAGACCUCGUCGAGAUGGUGCAUGCUGUGGAAAACAACAUAAUGAAGCGCAUUAGGGACGAGGUGACGAAGUCCAACGAGUACGUAUCAGUGGAUGAGCAAGAGCGUCAAUAUCAGCAGCGCCAUGCGUCACGCGAGGGCGAGUACAGUCAAGCGCACUUCUUCGAGGAGAAGGUCAGGUUUUUCCUUAGGACUGUGAAAGGCCAACCUGCUCGGGGAAGCGCGCAGAGGGGGGCGGGUCAGGAGGUUUCCCGGGGAGCGGAUGUGCUGAUGGUGGAUUGAAAGCCGGCAGGAGGUGCUGGACCCCACAUGAUAUGGCUUCGAGAGGAUGACCGGUUCGGCAUCCAACAUGGACAUGGAUUGAUUGAUGCAUUUUCU